AUGGGUUACUCCUUUGAAGGAAUCCUUCGCCGCUCAGAUGGCUCGUACUACUACGACGAGACCAAGUUUCCCCAGGUGGAAAUCCCCUUAGCCUUGGAAUCCGAAGGCACCUACCGCCUGAAGCGCGAGAAAAUUGACGAAUGGUGGGGCGUGACCAAGAAUAUGCCCAAGUUGCCCAAGUACAUGAUCUUUAACGACACACGGGAGGGGCCGCUGCACACCGAGAACGCCGAGUGGGAUUUGUACCGCGCGUGGCACUACCUCAACGGCGGAUACACGGUCUACGAGCCGGUAGAGUGGGUGCCCACCGUGCACCUGAUUAAUGCGAUUCCGAAGAGCGAGCUGAAGUCGCCCUUCAAGCGCACGACGACCAGGUUCCGGAGCGAGCGGCUGUGCGGCAAGAUCUCCGCUGUUAUUAUUAAGAUCGAAGGCGAGGUGGAGGCCGCGCUGAACACCAAGACCGUCGAGGAAACAACGGAGGAGGGGACGAUCGGGGACAGACCCAUUGUGGAGGUCGUGCUCGGAAUGAACAUCCGCAUGAAGCCCGUCUGGCACACGGGUCCGCCCUGGAACGAGGUCCACGUCCCUCGGGAUGACCUGUCGCGGGUCAGUGAGCUGGUCUGUUCGGCGCAUGGGCUGGUCGCUCAGAUUCUAUCGGUUCUCUCGAGAGAUCGUAUCACGGGACUCCAUGUAGCCCUAAGCGCGCCCGAGUGGCCGGAUUUCUACGCGUAUGUGUCGGCUCACCCGGGACCUGAGGUCGCUGGAGAGGAGAAGAGAGCGUGGCUAGCGAUAAAUCCGGUGGCUACUCUGAUGGAAGUUGACCAGUAA